AUGUUGAUUUUCGUGUUAGUGAUUUUGGCGGGAAACGCUGUCAGAUGCGACGACGCGAGCAACAACUACUACGUGAUAGAAAUGCCCGAGGACGCGCCGCCGACGAGAGCCCAGCCCCAACAGAAGACCUUCAGCGUCUACUGGAACGUGCCCACGAUGCAAUGCCGCUCGAAGAGAAUACCGUUCUCAGGCCUCUACGAGAGGUACGGCAUCAUCCAGAACGCAGAAGACCGCUUCCGCGGCGAGAAGAUAUCCAUUCUGUACGACCCCGGUCUAUUCCCCGCGCUCCUGAAGAACGAGAGCAGCGGGAAGCUGAGGUUCAGGAACGGCGGCGUGCCCCAGGAGGGCAACAUUAACGAGCACCUGGAGGCCUUCCGGCUGACGAUGGAGCAAAGCAUACCGGACGUGGAUUUCGCAGGUGUUGGUAUCAUCGACUUCGAGUCCUGGAGGCCGGUGUUCAGGCAGAACUUCGGGGUGCUCACUCCGUACAAGGAUGUGUCUUACGACAUCGAGAGGAAACUCCACUGGUGGUGGCCGAAGACCUGGAUACAGGACGAGGCGAGAAAGCGCUACGAGGAGGCGGCGAGGGUCUUCAUGGAGACCACGAUCUCCUUGGCGAAACAGAUGAGGCCCAAAGCUCUGUGGGGCUACUACGGUUUCCCGUACUGCUUCAACAUGGCCGCCAACAACCCCCUGGAGAAGUGUUCGGCCAACGUAAUGAAGGAAAACAACCAGAUACAGUGGCUGUGGUCGGAGAGCUCGGCCCUCUACCCGUCCGUGUACAGCUCUUCGAGCUUGAGCGCGAAGCAGCUGGCCGCGCUGGUCCGCGGCCGGGUGGCGGAGGCGGCAAGGGUCGGCAGCAGCGGCCCCGUCCUGCCCUACUUCUGGUUCCGGUACCGGGACGGCGGCUUCCUGAGCGAGAUCGACUUGCAAACCGUUCUCAAGACGCUGUACAAGUCGAACGCCUCCGGUUUCAUUAUAUGGGGCAGUUCCAACGACGUGAACACCGUGGACAAGUGCAACAAGCUGCUAAGCUACGUCGAGAACACGUUGGGCCCAGCGAUUGCCAAGUACGUAAAGUCCAGCCCCAGGUUCGACGACGGAACGACGGCCGCGAGCUUCGGCACUGGAAUAGCCUCAACUGAGAGCAGCAGCGAACGAUAUAAUUACACUGGCGACGUUUCACUUGACUCUACCAGCACAACCAGCCAAACCACGCCAGACAACUUAGAAAAUGAGGAAGAAACAUCAAGCAGUCGAGCAGAAGAUGUUGAAACGAGUUACCAAUUCGUACCAUACAAUAAUCAUACAGUGCGGACAGUUGAAGAGGUAUCGAAACGGUCUACUCCACGCGGAGAUGAACACACAAGCAGUUCAAAUGGAAACGCUGUAAUAGAUAUGCUAAUGAACGCUUUGGCUUACACAAAAACGCCGGUUGAUGAAACUAGCAACGGUGUUGUAUCCACAGAGAAAUAUUUCCACCAUUUCUACACCACAGCACCUGCGUUCAAUUUAACAUCGACUUCUAAAGAGAUCGCAAAUACAAUGAGCACAAGUAGUCCCAUUUUAAAUGGGACAGGAGAAACCAAAGAAGGGCUGACUUUAUAUGACAUCGUUUUGAACGGGAACGAGCAAACAACGAAAGAAACAAGCCCAUUGUCCACUCAAAGUGAUAGUAUUGACGUUUUAGAAUCAUCAACAGCAGUUAAUAACUUAUCUGGGACAAAUGAGAACACAAAAAGUGAUUUGCUCAAAGAAACCACAUACCGCCAGUUUGAUUUUAGCACAGUGGCAGGUUCAACAACAGAUGUGCAAGGGAGAGACGGUGCCACGGAAGAUAUCGAUGAUUUCAUAGCACCGAGCGAAGUACAAAGUACUACGGAUAGUCUAACAGAAGAUUACACAGAUACAGAAGUAGUUGAAAUGUCAACUGAAUUCAUCAACUUCGAUCUAACUAAUAAGACAGAUGCAACCACAGAUUAUUACAAUACAGAUUCUAACACAAAUGCAGAAACAGAAUUUAUGGGUAUAAUAAAUGACACGGAUGUUACAAGCACCGCUUAUAUCGAAGGUUCCAAUACAGGAACAGAAUUUGUGGGAGACAAUACACAGACACUGGACAGUUCAUUAUACACUUCGGAACCCAGCACGGACGCAUCUCAAGAUUACUCUGCAAACGUGUCCAACACUUGGGUAACAAAUGACGAUGACUUCAGUCUUUCCCUCAUUGUAGAUGAAGAUGGAAAGACCGAAGAAUCUUCACAGCAGACAGACCAAUCCGAUACCGCCGAAUCAAUCGACGCCACUACGGACGCGUUAGUUUCAGAACUGCUCGACAUAACGGACUUCUCAGCGUUCGAAAUGCAAGACACCUCGCAGAAAGAAGAGAAGGAGACAGAAGGAACGACGGAAGAUGCACCGUCCAGUCUUCCAAUUUCACCUGACAAGGUGGUUGUAUACAUUUUA